GUAACACUUGUCUCGCGCAAUUUGUUAUCCGAUAUUUGCAUUCUCGGCCCUUCUUUUGAUUUGAACUCUUCCAGUUUGAAGAAGAAGAAAGACGACAGCCAUGGCCUCCUCGUCUAAGUUUACUCCUGAGCAGGACUAUCCUGAUCUCUCCAAGCACAACAACCACAUGGCCAAACAUCUCACCAAAGAGAUAUACGCCAAUCUCCGAGACAAGAAAACACCUUCUGGAUUCACACUUGAUGAGUGCAUUCAAACAGGUGUUGACAAUCCCGGCCACCCCUUCAUAAUGACCGUUGGGUGUGUUGCUGGAGAUGAAGAAUCUUACGAAGUCUUUGCUGAGCUCCUAGAUAAGGUCAUUGAUACCCGACACAACGGAUACUCUAAGGAUGCUAAGCACAAGACUGAUCUUAAUCCUGAGAACCUCAAAGGAGGAGAUAAUCUUGAUCCUAACUAUGUCUUGUCCUCAAGGGUUAGGACCGGCCGGUCUAUUCGUGGCUUUGGUCUCCCUCCUCAUUGCUCUAGGGCUGAGCGUAGAGGUGUCGAAAACAUUGUGACUGAUGUACUCAAUUCAUUUGAGGGAGAGUUCAAGGGUAAAUACUAUCCAUUGAAUAAAAUGACAGAGGCUGAGCAGCAACAGCUCAUUGAUGAUCAUUUCCUAUUUGACAAGCCGGUCUCUCCUCUCCUCCUCUCCUCCAACAUGGCCCGUGACUGGCCUGAUGCCCGAGGGAUUUGGCACAACGACGUAAAGAACUUUCUUGUUUGGGUAAACGAGGAGGAUCACACUCGUGUCAUCUCAAUGCAAAAGGGAGGAAACAUGAAAGAAGUGUUCACUCGUUUCUGUAACGGGCUUCAGUCAUUUGAGAAGAAAAUGAAGGAGAAUGGUCACGAGUUUAUGUGGAAUUCACAUUUGGGGUACGUUCUGACUUGUCCUUCUAAUCUUGGUACUGGUUUGAGGGCUGGAGUUCAUGUCAAGCUGCCCAAACUCUCUGGGGACUCUCGUUUUAAAGACAUCCUUCUUAAACUGCGUCUCCAAAAGAGAGGAACAGGUGGUGUUGAUACUGCCAGUACCGAUGGUAUAUUUGAUAUAUCAAACUUGGAUCGUCUGGGCUCAUCUGAAGUUGAUCAAGUCCAGGUGGUUGUAGAUGGUGUUGAGCUCCUUAUCAAGAUGGAGAAACGUUUGGAGGCUGGUGAGUCUAUUGAUGAUCUCAUCCCAUGAAAAAAAAUCCAUACCACUUAGCAAAGACAACAUAACUAUGAUUAUUAUUGAACAGCAUUAUAAUAGUAUAGUUCCCAAUAGCAGGAGUAUCCUCUUGAUUUUAGCAUCAUAGACAUUAUAAUAAUUACAUAUAUUGUAGCUACAUGAUGAUUACAUGUAUUUUAAUUUUUAACGUCACAUGUUUUACCAAUCUAACUA